AUGACUAGGCAAUGUCCCGAGAUCGCUCAAGCGCUACGCUUUCAGGAUACCUUGCCUGGAAAAAUCACUGCACUAGCCGACUUGGUCUUCAGCGGCGGAGAGCCGGCCCUCCAAGGAUUGCUCAUGCUACUCCAGGACCAUUGGGACACUAUCGUCGAUCCAUCCAUCUCAUGCCCCUUGUCUUUCACUCCCGAGGAUAAAGCUGAGCAUCAAGAUCUUGAACAACAUUGGAACCAGGGUGUUGCGCUGAUGAACGAUGUUUUGCGCGAGAUUGAGGAACAUCAAGGAUGGGACGGCUGGGUGAGUCACCAAAACUACGACGUCAUGAAGGAGCGACUGUCGCGAUGCCGCGAGGAGUUUCUGGACUGUAUGGCAAAGACGGCGGAGGAGAGAAGUGUGGCGGCAUAG